AUGGCCCAAAAUUCGACGGCUGUGAUCGAUGUGGGUGUAGUCCUUGAUUUGGAGAUGUGGGUUGGGAAGAUGAGCCAGGCCUGUAUUUCCGUGGCGCUCUCAGAUUUCUACAUGGCUCGUAAUCACAACACGAAACUUGUUCUCCACAUGAGGGAUUCGAAGAAAGAUAUCGUCGGUGCUGCCGCCGAGGUGUUGGACCUGUUGAAGAACGUCGGAGUCAAAGCAAUCAUAGGGCCCACAACCUCAUCCCAAGCCGAGUUUGUGGUGGAUCUUGGGGACAAAACUCAAGUGCCCAUCUUGUCUUUCUCAGCUACAAGCCCAUCUCUCAAUUCAAUCAGAACUCCCUACUUCGUCCGGAUUGCACAAAACGAUUCGUCUCAGGUCAAAGCAAUCGCAGCCAUUGUUAAGGCCUUUGGAUGGAGAGAAGUGGUCCCCAUAUACGAAGACACUGAUUAUGGCAAUGGGGUCAUACCAUUUCUAACCGACGCCUUCCAAGAGAUCGAUGCCAAAGUCCCAUACAGGAGUGUAAUCCCUCCUUCAGCAACAGAUGAUCAGAUUCUUGAAGAGCUCUACAAGUUGAUGACCAUGCAGACUAGGGUUUUCGUCGUCCACAUGUUUUCUUCUCUCGCGUCUCGCUUUUUCUCGAAGGUGAACGAUGUUGGAAUGAUGAGUGAUGGGUAUGUUUGGAUCAUAACGGACGGAUUAACGGAACUCUUGGAUUCAAUGGAUUCUUCAGUCAUCGACUCCAUGCAGGGCGUCUUGGGUGUGAAACCUUACAUCCCAAAAUCUAUAGAGCUUGACAAUUUUACAGUCAGAUGGAAAAGGAAAAUCCUCUUAGAGAACCCAAACAUCACAAAACCUGAGCUAAGCAUUUUUGGGUUAUGGGCGUAUGAUGCCGUCCACGCCCUGGCAAUGGCGGUAGAGCAAGUUGGAGUGAUGAAAUCCAGCUUCCUAAAGCCUGAAACCAGCCAAAAUUCGACUGAUUUAGCAAAUUUGGGAGUAUCCAAAAUGGGCCCAAAACUUCUAGACGCCAUCUUAAACACCACGUUCAAAGGCCUUAGCGGGGAAUUCAGUCUCUUCAAUGGGCAAAUGCAAUCGUCGUCCUUUCAGAUAAUCAAUGUGGUUGGAAAAGGAGGAAGGGGAAUUGGGUUUUGGACGCCUGUAUCUGGACUUUCACGGGUGCUAAACAAGAAUACUACUAACAAAAUUUACUCAACCACCAUGGACGAUAUUAAGUUCGUCAUAUGGCCAGGAGAGUCGAAGGAUUUACCGAGGGGUUGGGUGAUACCGACAAGUGGGAAGAAGUUGAGAAUUGGGGUUCCAGUGAAAGAUGGAUUUAGUGAAUUUGUGAAGGUGGAAGGGAAUCCUAGUAACAGCUUGAUAACCGCCACCGGGUUCUGCAUAGAUGUGUUUGAUGCUGUAAGAGAACAAUUACCGUAUGCCCUUCCUUACGAAUUCGUCCCAUUCGAAAAUGCAAAUGGGCAAAGCGCCGGCACUUAUGAUGAUCUUAUUUAUCAGGUCUUUCUUCAGAGAUUAGAUGCAGUGGUGGGGGACAUGACGAUCGUAGCCAACCGAUCUAAGUACGUAGAUUUUACUUUACCCUACACUGACUCAGGCGUGUCCAUGGUAGUGCCGAUCAGGGAUGAUGAAAGGAAGAAUACAUGGAUUUUCUUGAAGCCUCUGAGUAGGAAUCUAUGGCUGACAAGCGGGGCUGGCUUUGUCUUGACGGGCUUUGUCGUGUGGCUCCUUGAACACCGGAUCAACAAAGAGUUUAGGGGCCCACCAUCCCAUCAGAUCGGCAUGAUGUUCUGGUUUUCCUUUUCAACGCUCGUCUUUGCACACAAGGAGAGGGUGAUAAGCAACUUGUCAAGGUUCGUUGUGAUCAUAUGGGUGUUCGUGGUCCUCAUAUUGACUUCUAGUUACACUGCAAGUUUGACUUCAAUGCUGACCGUCCAACAGCUCCAGCCCACCAUAACGGACGUCAAGGAUCUCAUCAAGAACGGGGAUUACGUGGGGUACCAGGAGGGGUCUUUUGUGCUGGGCCUCUUGAAGAGGUUGAACUUUGAUGAGUCCAAGCUCAGGGUCUACUACUCCCCUGAGGACUAUGCUGAGGCCUUGUCAAAAGGAAGUGGGAAUGGUGGGGUUGCUGCCAUCUUUGAUGAGAUCCCCUACAUCCUGCUGUUCCUCGGAAGGUACUGUGGUCUCUACACUAUGGUGGGGCCCACGUACAAGACGGAUGGAUUUGGAUUUGCCUUCCCCAGGGGGUCCCCUCUCGUACCUGAUUUUUCGAGGGCUAUCUUGAAUGUUACAGAGGGAGAUACAAUGUUGGAGAUUGAGCAAAAAUGGUUCGGACAACAAACGGCUUGUUUAGACCGAUCAGCAUCACAGGCUUCUGUCACUUCCAACAAUCUAACCCUUGAUAGCUUCUGGGGUCUCUUCCUCAUCGCUGGUACUGCUUCAGCUCUGGCCUUCUUCAUAUUUCUAGUCCGCUUUCUCCACCAAAAUUGGCAUAUUUCACCUACACCAGAUGAGCCUAUUACCUUUCGACGGUGGAUCUACCAUCUUGCCAAACGCUUUGAUGAAAUAGACCCCUCUUCUCAUACUGCAAAGAAGGCCGCGAAACUCGCUGCCAAGACCACCGCCGUACCCACCACUGAGACCACAGCCAAACCCAUGGAAGGUCAGGUGACUGUCGUUGAGGGCAUUGAUCGAACUUCACCGAAUCAUACUAAUGCUCAACAGAGUCCUACAACCAUGUCGGAUGUUUCAGAUUUCAAUCCACGAGGAGGAGGGACCCCAUCUUCGGAGAUUGGGAAUAAUCAAGGUGCAAGUACCUCUGUAGAUAUGCAUAACAGAAAUGCAACUGGAGAGAUAACGGAAAUAACUGAAAAUAAGUACUUAAGAUAGAUUUGUUUAUUCUUGCUUUUCUAACUGUUUCACAUAUUUAAACUUGCAUAUUUAUUUGUACAAAAAUAAUGGGCCUUUUGGGCAUGUGGCAAAUUCUUUUUAGAACCAAACAUGUGUAGGUAAACGUUUGUUGUAAGCACUAAAAUGGUUUUAAAUGCAUUUCAUAAUGAUUCAAUGGUUUA